AUGCCUGCUGAGGAGCGAGAGGGAGAGCGGGAGGUUGCGCCUGAUGCUUUGGGGGGGGAGAACGCUGCAAGCGGGGAGCAGGAUGAGCGGAGGGAACAGGGUGCUUCGGGAGCGCAGGAUGAGUUGGGGAGCCAGGGCGCUUUGGGGGAGACGGAUGAUUCGAGGGUGCAGAACGGUUUGGAAGGGCAGGGUGCUUUGUUGGGGCAGGAUGCAGCUAAGGGUGAGGGGAUCAACCCUCUCGAUCCUGUUCUCCCCCCGUCGCAUCCCUGCGCCAAUUUCACCCUCCCACCGCCUUCCACCGACAGGAAGCGCACUGGUCCUAGACCCUGCCCCGUGUGCUACCUGCCGCUACCAGACGCCAUGGGCAUGCGCCCUUCACGGGGCCACACGGAGGAGCCGAUUCUGAAGCACCUGGCGUACGUCACCGAGGACGACGCCAGUGAGCGCGCCGCCAGGCGGGCGGGCAACCGGCCGCGGUUCAAUGGGCACCAGUCGCUGCAGCAGCGGGAGGACUCGUUUAAGAUCCAAGAGAGCAUGCGCGUGCACUGCGGCUUUGUCUGGGGCGGCAAGGUGGGCAACGGCACGGGAUUUGACGUGUCGGACGAUGACAGGCGGUUCAUGGAGCGCUGCUAUGACAUUGUGGUCGUAUCGGCUAUCUUUGGCGCGUAUGAUGUGGUGCAGCAACCAAGUAACAUCAGCGAGGAGGCGAGGCAGCAGCUGUGCUUCGUGAUGUUUGUGGAUGAGACGACCUUCAACGAGUUCAUUCGAGACGGCACUCUCAAGCAGCCGCGCACGCGGCGAGUGGGCUUGUGGCGCCUCGUGGUCGUGCACAACCCGCCCUACAGGGACCCCAGACGGACCGGCAAGAUUCCCAAGCUGUUGAUUCACCGCCUCUUCCCCAACGUGCAGUUCUCCAUGUGGGUGGAUGCCAAGCUGCAGCUCGUGCAAGACCCCUACAUGAUCCUCGAGAGGUUUCUGUGGCGGGGCAACUUCUCGUGGGCAAUAUCGAAGCACUACAAGCGGUUUGACGUGUUUGUGGAGGCGGAGGCGAACAAGGCGGCGGGGAAGUACCGCAACGCGAGCAUUGACGAGCAGAUGAAGGUUUACCGCAGCGACGGCAUGACUCCUUUUUCAGAGGACAAGAUGCCGAUUAUUAGCGACGUGCCCGAGGGGUGUGUGAUCAUGCGCGAGCACACGGCUCUCAGCAAUCUCAUGGCGUGCCUCUGGUUCAACGAGGUUGAUCGCUUCACGUCCCGCGACCAGCUGAGUUUCGGGUACACGAGGGACAAGAUCUGUCGCAGCGUGCCUGCCUGGCGCCUCAACAUGUUCCUCGACUGCGAGCGCCGCAACUUUGUCGUUCAGGGCUAUCACAAGGAUGUGCUGAUUCAGAAGCUCAAUGGAUCAUCCACUGCUCCUGCUCUCGUUCUCCCCACCACCUCAGCCACACCUGCUUUAACAGCUGCUGCUGCUGCUGACGGCGCUGGUGCUGGUGCUGGUGCUAGUGGUUCCUUUGCUGCGGCGUCUGGUGCUGCGGCUGACUCUGACCCUAAUUCUGCUGCUGCCACUGGUGAUGUGUUUUUGAGAGAGGAGCAGAGGCAGGAAGGUUACAGGGAGCAGCUGCAGCAGCAGGAAGGGCAACACCUAAAUGAGGGGGAGAAGGUGGAGGAGGGGGAGGAGGACAGCGAGGAGCAGGAACAGGAAAGAAGCAAAAUUGAAAGAAGGCUAUUGGGGUGCGGAGAGGAGGGGGGUUGGGAACGGGAGGGCGGGAAGAGCAGGAGGAAGCGUGACUUUGGAGCCAGAGAUAUUCGAUGGGAUGAAGAGUGGAAGGAUGUAGAUAUAGUGAGUGGGUUGCAAGGGGAAGGGAAUGGACUAACACGAGAAACUAGCACGUAG